AUGUUCUGUUUAAAAGAAAAAACCGACGGACUGAGUUAUGCCGCAUACAAAAUCUGCAUACCCUAUGCUGCACUGGUUCAGAUUAUUGCCGACAUGAGCGACAUAUGCAGUAACACCCUCUACCUUCGAAUGAAAUAUCCACCCCAGGUUCGUGUGCUAAAAUGGCCUGGUGACGUGCGGUCGAAUGGUUGCUCGAGUAACGCCUUGGCUGACUGCCUAUAUCUACGUGUAACACUACCCAAAAAGAGUGAGGAGGGCCAUGAGGUGAGCUACCUAACUAGCUGCUAUUUCUGCAGGCUCUCUUUGAAGACGUUAUUGGCGGGGACUCAGAAAACACUAAACAGACACACAGACACACAAACAGACACACAGACACACGCAGACACACACACAAACACAGACAUACACACACAGACACACAGACACAAACACCCCCUACAGACACACAAUGACAUACACACAGACAAAAACACAGACACACUCCCUCACAGACACACACAGUGA